CAGCAAGCUGGUUGUUUGUGUGUCUCUGCGAAGCGGCGGAGGCGGUGCCUAUGGGCGUGGCCUGCCUGUCGCAUUCUGAUUGGGGGGUUACAGGGAGGUGGGCGGACAUGGGGCGGAGCUUCCGAUAACAACACCGGGAGCUGGGGCUGUGGCUAUUUGUUGCUGCGCCGCCACCGCCCGAGUCAUAGUCCGCGGUCUUCUCUGGCUCUAUUAGCAGCAUCCGCCGCCGCCGUUACCGCCACCCUGUGAUCACUGGCUUUACUUCCUUCAUAUUCUGCUGUGCCACUUCCCAACGCUAUGACCGUGGUCUCCGUCCCACAGCGGGAGCCGCUGGUCCUGGGUGGCCGCCUUGCGCCGCUUGGCUUUUCCGCCCGCGGUUACUUCGGGGCCCUCCCGAUGGUGACCACGGCUCCGCCGCCUUUACCCCGGAUCCCGGACCCCCGGGCACUGCCGCCGACCCUCUUCCUCCCUCACUUCCUAGGGGGUGAUGGCCCCUGCCUGACCCCCCAGCCUCGCGCUCCGGCAGCUCUGCCCAACUGCAGCCUUGCCCCGGCGGGAGGCACUCCUCGGGCAGCGCCAAAGAAGCGGCGAAAGAAGAAGGUGCGGGCUAGUCCGGCAGGACAGCUGCCCAGCCGCUUCCACCAGUACCAGCAGCACCGACCGAGUCUGGAGAGCGGCCGGAGCCCGGCGACGGGCCAGAGCGGAGCGCAGGAGGUCCCGGGCCAGGCUGCCGCCGCGGCCCGAGAUCCUGCAGCUGCAACCCGAACUGAGGUAGCGAGCCCGGUCCCUGCGCCUCUGCUGCCCGCGGCGCCUGGGCAACCCCCACUCAGAAAAGAGGUUUUAAAAUCAAAGAUGGGAAAAUCCGAGAAAAUUGUCCUUCCCCACGGCCAGCUUGUUCAUGGUAUACACUUGUAUGAACAACCAAAGAUAAACAGACAGAAAAGCAAAUAUAACUUGCCACUAACCAAGAUCACCUCUGCAAAAAGAAAUGAAAAUAACUUUUGGCAGGAUUCCGCUUCACCUGAUAGAGUUCAAAAGCAGGAAAAAAAGCCUUUUAAAAAUACCGAGAACAUUAAAAAUAUGCAUUCGAAGAAAUCGGCAUUUCUAACUGAAGUGAGCCAAAAGGAAAAUUAUGCUGGGGCAAAGUUUAGUGAUCCACCUUCUCCUAGUGUUCUUCCAAAGCCUCCGAGUCACUGGAUGGGAAGCACUGUUGAAAAUUCCAACCAAAACAGGGAGCUGAUGGCAGUACACUUAAAAACGCUCCUAAAAGUUCAAACUUAGAUUUCAGAUUUCAGUAUGUAUGUAAAACAGUUUUUCCCAAAUCCCUGCACUCCUUAAAAGAAAAUUGGUACCGAAAUGGAAAUUUGCCUUGUUGCAAAAUACAAGUGCAAAAGAUGAGUUUUAAAAAUUACAAACAGCUUGUAUUAUAUUUUAUAUUUUGUAAAUAACUGUAUACCAUGUACUAUGUGUAUAUUGUUCAUACUUGAGAGGUACAUUAUAGUUUUGUUAUGAAAGUAUGUAUUUUGCCCUGCCCACAUGGCAGGUGUUUUGUAUAUAUACAAUGGAGAAAUUCUAAGUGUGUGCUAAGGCACAUGGAAGACCGAUUUGCACAAAGUACUGAGAUUUUUUUCAAGAAACAGCUGUCGUAUCUCAAGGUUAAGAUCUAAAUGUGAACAGUUUACUAAUGCACUACUGAAGUUUAAAUCUGUGGCACAAUCAUUGUAAACAUGGGGUUUGUUUCUCUGAAUUGAUUUCUGCCUUCUAAACUAAUUAUUGGAAAGUUCCUGUUCCCAUUUUUACCAAACUUAAUUUCUGGUUUUUGGUAUAUAUCCAUUCAAAUUUAAAAUGCCUCUAAUUUUAAUGCCAACAAAAUUGGUUGUAAUCAAAUUUUAAAAUAAUAAUAAUUUGGCCCCCCCUUUUAAA